AGUUGCGAUAUUCAUGUACGGUGAGUACGCGGAAUGUCUACAGACUCUUACUGGAUAGUAACAAUUUGUUCACUUUGAGAAAGUUUAGACAUAACGAUUUCUGUUCCAAAAUUUUUGUUUAUCAGUUUCUUUGUAACUGAUAUAGUGAAUGUUUGUUUCGUUGCGUGGCAUCAAUAAAGCAGUACACAAUGCCCGAGGUUUUCGAAAAUUACAUGGUCUUCCAAAAUGUAUCUGAAAACCAGGAUUAUUUUCCUUAUGGACACGAUUUACAGACAAUGAACAAUCAAGGUAUGUUUAGUCCAUUUAAUGGAUCACAAGGAACAAGUGCUGCUUCACCUAUAUCAUCUUCUUUAUCACCAAUGCAUGAUAUUGAUUGUAUGGCGUCUUUGAAAGAUGUUACAGUGAUUGGUGAACCAUAUAUUAAAAUUUUGGAGCAACCAGUUGAAAAAUUUAGAUUUCGAUAUAAGUCAGAAAUGAUAGGAACACAUGGAAGUUUAGUAGGCACAAAUUCUGGUAGUAGUCGUAAUAAGCAUGCACCAACAGUCCAAUUACAUAAUUGUCCUACCAGUGCUGUAAUACGAUGUACACUAGUUACAUCUGAUGAGGGUCAUAGAAUACCUCAUGCCCAUAGAUUGGUGCGUAGAGUAGAUGGUGUUGAUUGUGAUGAUCCACAUGACAUUAAGGUCACUCCAGAAAAUCGGUUUAUUGCAACAUUCCAUGGAAUGGGAAUUAUACACACAGCCAGAAAACAUGUUAGAGAGGAACUUAUUAAAAAAAUGCGGAAAGAAGCAUUGGAGAAGAAUAAAAGAAAACACGCAAGUGCAACUCUGAGUACUCGGGAAGAAGCACAAAUCAAAGCUGAUGUUGAAUGCUACCAAAAAUCUGUGAAUUUAAACACUGUUGCACUAUGUUUUCAAGCAUUUCUUUUGGAUGAACGUGAUGUUAUGAUACCGUUAACAGAACCUGUUUACUCACAUGCUAUUAAUAAUCUCAAAAGUGCAUUGACAGGGGAACUUAAGAUAUGCCGAAUGGACAAAUAUACUAGCAGUGCUGAUGGAGGAGAGGAAGUCUUUUUACUUGUAGAGAAAGUAGGGAGAAAGAAUAUAAGAAUCAAAUUUUUUGAAGUAAAUGAGGAUGACAAUGAAAUUUGGUGUGCAUAUGGACGUUUUUCAGAAUUGGAUGUACACCAUCAAUUUGCAAUUGUAUUUCGAACACCACCAUAUAGAGAUCAGAAUAUUACAUCAUCAAAAGAAGUAUUCAUACAAUUGGAACGACCGUCCGAUUCUGACUGUUCGGAGCCAAUGAAUUUUACUUAUAAACCAAGUGAUAGAGUUAUAGGCAGGAAGCGGCAACGAAUGUCACAUUCUGGAAGUACUGAGUUAUCAUAUAUAUUACCAACUUUUAAUGUUGAACCAGGAAAUAUAUCUGCAAACUUAAGUGGUGAUAGUGGAGAAGUGUCUAAAGAAUUACAAAGGAUGUUAUUAGAGAAUAGUUCUUCACCAGAGGCAAAAGAGUUUCUUAAUCAUAUGGACAUUGAGGGUUAUCUAAAAUAUGUUGAGUGCAAUGAUGAGAAUAUGUUAACCGCUGAUGGUCCAUCAUCUAAACGGUACGAAGAUGACAUAAUGUUCCCUAAAAGUAUACUUGUCGAAGUUACGAAAUGCAUAAAAAUGGAUUCAAAAAGUACCGAAGAACAUGUACGAAAGCUACUUAGAAAUCGUUCCACAUAUGGAGAUUCGCCGUUGCAUGCAGCACUACGAUAUGGUCAACGCGAUAUCGUCAAGUAUAUACUAAUGUUGAUAAGCACUGAUAAGGAUUGUAAGACGCUUGUCAAUGAACAGAAUAGCUCUGGAAAAACACCAUUGCAUUAUGCGGUUUUACAAAAUCAACCGGAAAUUACAAAAGCACUACUGAUGUUAGGAGCCGAUCCAAAUCAAUCGGAUGAACAUGGAUGCUCUCCAUUACACGCUGCUGUAAAAAACCCCCAAGCAGCUGCUUGUGUGGACGCUUUACUGUCAGAAAAAAAAGUUGACACUGAAACUCAUAACGAUGCCGGAUGGACACCAUUGCACCUUGCAGCAGAAGCAGGUUCAUAUAAUGCAGUAUGUUUACUUGUUCAAGCUGGGGCAAAUGUAAAUAAUACUGACAUGUCUUAUGGUCGUACUGUGUUACACAUUGCCGUAGAAGGUGGACACAAAGAAAUUGUUGAAUAUUUAUUGAAAAAGACAAAUAUAGCCAUAAACAAAAGAAACUUCAGUGGAAAUACUGCCUUGCACACUGCUGUUGUAUAUUCUGGAGUAAGGGCGAAAGAAUUGUGUGCACUGUUAAUCAAAUAUGGGGCCGAUCCACACAUUCAGAAUCAUAAUAGAGAAUUGAAUGAUGUGGAGAAAAGAAAAGGAUCACAUAUACAUGUGAAACAGGAAGUAGACUCUGACGAUGAAACCACAGAAGAAUGUACUGGACAAUCAUCGUUUGAUUUGGCCAUGAGUAAACCAGAUAUUCUGCAGCUUCUUAAUAGCCAAACUGGAGAGGUACCAAACGAGAUGGGUUUGGUUUCCACGAAACUGGAGGUGGUAGACGAGGAAUUACAAAAAAAUUUGCUAAAUACGGAACAGAAAGAAAAAUUAUCUGUUAUUCUGGAUAAAACACAAGGGUGGAGACAACUAGCAAAACGAUUAAAAUUUGAUUAUUUUUUAAAGACACUUCAACAGUGUUCAUUGAGUCCAUCCCUACUUCUUUUAAAUUAUAUCGAUGUUCAGACAACAAUGUCUUUGGCUGAUAUGGAAAGUAUUUUAAGAGAUAUUGGAGAGAACGAAGCAGCAAAUUAUGUUAAUGAAAUCUCAUUUACACAUCAAUAAAAUUCAUUUAUUCAUUGAUAAAUCACAAUGUUACGCA